AUGGUUCCUUCAUCACCAGCUAAAAUUCUUAUUGGGAUAUCACUAGAUUCUGAUCAAAGUAAAGCCCUUCUCUCUUGGGCUAUCAGAGUUCUAGCUCGACCGGGCGACACGGUUAUCGCCUUACAUGUUGUCGUGCCUAAGGCCAACAAAAAUUCUUUGGUUCGAAGGAAAGAGAUAAAUAACAAAGGGCAGUCGGCAAGAAAAUAUCAAAAACAAAUUCGACUGGCGAAAUCAUAUGUCAUAUCCAUAAUGGGAGAGCUUGUUAAGACUUGUAUAUCUAAAGAGGUUAAUUUGGAGGCUAGAGUUGGAUUCAAUUCUAGUGCCGGUAGAGGUCUUAUUGAAGAAACAAAAAGCAUUGCAGCAGAUUAUCUUCUCAUUGGUGGGAAAAAGAACCAAUCAAACAGACCUCCUCGUACCAUUUCAAAGUAUUGCUUCCAGCAUGUUCCUGAAGGUUGUUCUUUAAUCUUGCUCGACCCAACUAAAUGCCAGCAACAAUAUUUUCAUUCCAAAUCCAGACGCACUCAAGAAUUUGAUCAAGCAUUAAACACCUGGAGUGCAGAAAAGAUAGAAAACUCAUUUUCAUCAGACAAAAAUGAGAUUUAUUCAAAACGAAAGUGCGAAAAUCCGUCUCCAACAACAGUGCUAGGUGCCUGUGAAGGAGAAUCACAGAGCACUGAUGAAGAUUGUUCAAGCUUUGCAGAAUCAUGCAUUACAAAUAAUUAUUCUUCACCGGGUUCUUUUGAAUUGAAAAAGAAACUACAAAUCGGGAAACCGAUUGGGAUACUGAAGCAAAUAUCAUAUUUCUUUCGUUCACCUAUCGAUUGGAGUGGAGGAAAUCGAAAUGGUAGCAGCCUCAAAGGAAAGCAGCAAUCUUUGUUAAGGUGCUUUAGCUAUCAACAGAUUGCAAAAGCCACAAACAAUUUCCAUGCAGAAAACUUGGUAGGACAAGGAGGAUAUUCAGAGGUUUAUAAAGGGGAACUUGAUAGUGGAUGCAACAUAGCAGUGAAGCGUUUAACCAAAGAUAAUUCAAAUGCAAACAAGGAAAAAGAGUUUCUUAUGGAAUUGGGCAUAAUUGGACAUAUCAACCAUCCUAAUACUGCACAAUUAGUGGGUUGCUGCAUUGAAAAUGGCCUUUAUCUCGUUUUCAAAUUCUAUCCCAAUGGUACUCUGUCAUCGGCAUUACAUGGUCAAUCAUGCAACUCACUUGACUGGCCUAUUCGAUUCAGAAUCGCACUUGGAGUCGCUAGGGGGCUGCAUUAUCUCCACAAAUGUUGUAAACAUCGAAUUAUACAUCGUGAUAUCAAAGCCUCUAACGUCCUUCUAGCUCCAGAUUACGAACCACAGAUAUCUGAUUUUGGGCUUGCAAAAUGGUUGCCCAAUAAGUGGACUCACCAUGCUGUUGUUCCAAUUGAGGGCACAUUCGGGUACUUAGCUCCAGAGUAUUUUAUGCAUGGAAUUGUGGAUGAGAAGAUAGAUGUUUUUGCAUUUGGGGUGCUUCUUUUGGAGAUCGUAACUGGGCGGAAGCCCGUCGAUUCAGAACAAAGCCUGCUUUUAUGGGCGAGACCCAUUAUGGAAUCUGGGAAUUUAACUCAAUUGGCAGAUCCAAAAUUGGAAGGUGAAUAUGACAUGGAUCAAUUGCAUAGAGUUGUACUCACUGCUUCAUAUUGUGUACGACAAUCAUCCAUAUGGAGGCCAUCUAUGACCGAGGUAAUUCAAUUGUUAACUUAUGGCCAAGAUUCGGAGCUAGUACGAAGUCGAAGAAUACCAAAUUUUACGAGCGAUGAGAUGGAUGAUUACUCUAUGAUAUAUGGAUACCAACUCCCAUCGGAUCUAGCUUUGGAGGAUAUUUAA